AUGUUGCAUCCGAAACUGGGUCGCGCGAUGAACUUGGUCUACUUUCACGCCCUUGUCUUCGCUCUGCUGGGCACUACCUUGAGGAUACGUUCUUGGCGGAGAACUGUUCGCCUGGAGAAGCUUUCCUGGAAAUACUUGCUCUACAGUGUCUUCCUGAGCAGCACCCUUUUCCUUAACAUCUACUUCCUGUUUCCCAAAGCCAUACUCGAUGGCUACAUUAAGUCCAACAUCAUACUGCAAGGGAACUUCUUCAUGAUGACUGGACUCCGGGUAAUGGCUCUUCUGGGCUGCUACGGUACCAUUUGGGUGAAACGCAAGGAAAUCAUUGGACUGUACGAGGAUGCAAUAGAUUAUUGGAAAAAACACAGAAGCCUUUUGAGGGCCCAAGUGGACAGGAACGACCUUAAGGAGCUUCAACUAUCACUAGCCCAGAAGAUUCUGACGCAGAUACUAGUGAGCUAUGCCACAACCAUGUUCUCCACGGUAAUCCAGUACCAACUCCUCGGAGUUGUCAAUAAGUUCAGCCUAAUGGCGUUGGCGGCUAGGAUAUCGCAUUUCUUUCACUUUGUUGCCUUCAAAGUGGCCUUCUAUGGAGUCCUCAUACUGUUGGAGAAUCAGUUUGGGGUCGUCCACCUGGCACUGGAUGGUCUGCACAACCGGAAGGACAAAAAGCGAGUGAGUGCCCUCCGUUGCAUAGCUUCAAUGCACUGGGAAACAUUUCAGCUGGCCAGGAGAAUCUUUGCCCUCUGCGACAUAGCCAAUGCUGCACUGUUCACCAACAUGUUCAUGACCACCGUAAAUAUCCUAUACCAUGCUGUCCAGUUCAGCAAUGAAACCAUAAAGUCCAGCAUCUGGGGCAUGCUCUUUGGAAACGGCUUGAUUAUUUUCAACUUCUGGGGCACUAUGAUGAUGAUGAAUAUGCUGGACAAGGUGGUCACUUCGUGCAACAAUGUCGGUCAGCAUCUAAAACAGUUCAGCGAUCUGCCACGCGUCAGCAAGUCCUUUCAGAAGGAGCUGGACAUUUUUACGAUGGAGGUGAGGCGCAAUCGACUGGUAUACAAGAUCUGCGGUCUUGUGGAGCUGGACAAGCCGGCUUGCCUCAGCUAUAUUGGCUCGGUCCUGACCCAAGUUAUUAUCCUGAUGCAGUUCGACUUGAGGCAGAACAACCAGCCACACGAACAUACAUAUCUCACACAAUUGAGCAGAAACACCAGUGAAUAG